CUAUUCAUCUAUCACUUGCAAAAAUAUGAAAUUCAAUGUUACUAAAUAUUUCUUAAAAUAAAUUUUUAACAUAUAUACAUUUAACAAUUUAUUCAUUUUGUGGCAUGCAAAGAUAUAACAGAGACACAAUACACGUUUAACAAAUAUUUAUAAACUAAUUAGGAUAAGGUAUCAGCUUUCAAACUUAUCUUAUCAUUAAUGUAAACUGUAAUGGAUUAAAAAUUAGAUAGCUGUAGCCUAUCUUAGUAAAUAAAUACUUUCACAAAAAGUCAUUAAGACCAGCAAAAUGCUUAUUACCUCAAGAACUUUAACAGUUUAACCAACUACUAUAACAUUUAUUAAAUUCAAUUUGUAUCUCUGCAAUUUUAAACAAAAUUUUAUGAAGCCUUUACAUGUAAAUACAUUUUAUGUAUAAAUUCAAAGGUGUCAUAUAUAUAUAUUUAAUUAAACAGAAGUAUGCAUGUUCUUAAAUUUUACAAUUCCAACAAUUUUAGUCUUGUAAAGGGUGUCCAAAAAAUACUGUGCAGUGGAAAGGUUUGUUUCAAUUAAUUAAUAAAUGGGAAGUUUUAUGUACAAUAUUGCAGUUUCUCCUACAGCAAAUGCCAGAAACGUCCCCAAAGUUCCAAAAUCUGGGGGAGCGAGGUCAGGAAACCUAGUGGGCUAGAUUCCAUGGAAGAUUAUGCAUUUGACGAAGAAGUCUUAUAAAAACCGCAGUCCGAGAAACCAGAAUACGCGCAAGCAAGCAUGUGGUAACCCCACCUACAAUAAAGCGGAAACACGAGACAUACGACUUACGGGUUUCGCGUACCAUGACGUACAUAAAAAUUUAAGCUAUUACAAAUUUCUCACUACACAGUAACUUUUCGGACAUCCAGUAUAAUCAGAGCCAGAUUGCACACCAUUUAAACAAGCUGCAGCUCGGAGCCUCACACGAUAAGUCCAUAGUUUAGGGCCUUGCAUUUUUUAACAUAACACUAGUCGGUGGAGGGGAAGCGCCUAUUACACAUUAUAGCUUCAGACCCGUGUAUAAUAAACACUUUCUAUAAUUCCAUAAAUUAUCAAAAUACUCCUAAAUUUACUUUAAAUCGAUACAAGAAGCACCUUUACGAACAAAUGGCACAAAAUAAUGGAAAGUUAUCAACAUAGACUGUGCGUCAACUACAUAAAUCAAAGGUACAGUACAUUUCAUUGCAACAAGCUCUAACUGAAUGAUAAAUGACAAUGACAUAGUUUAUAGAAUAAAAACGGUAGGGACGUGGACGCAAUCGAGCAUUAACCUCCUAGUUUUUUUUUAUUUAUUUAUAACUACCGUUAUUCUCUUUACCUCGUUCCCCUUUACGAAAACAUCAGCGUGAAUUAAUUACUAGACCGACCCUACGUUGUUUAUCUUUCACCUUCAAUUCCUACGAAUAAGUGCAAAAAUCGACAGUUUGUCACGUUCGACUUUCGACAACAAGCUAACGGAGAAACAAAAAUCUCUCGCCGUCGCUCCGAAAUUCGAUGCAACAGAAAAAAACUUCCUCCAAUUAAUCCCGGCGCGCGCCCUCCACCUUUAAAAAAACACGUGACGGAGCCCGUCACAUUUGCUUAAUAAGGCGUGACGUCUAAGUCCGUGCAGUAAUUCAACUCGCGCUAGCGAUCUUGUCACUUGAUUCCUACUUAGAAAAAAAAAUCCUUUCAGCCAUUAACUACUACUAACUUUUAAUUAAUGAAUCUAAAAUCCCUUAAAAUGACUGUGCGUGAAUUCCUCGUACAAGGCGUUAUCGGUGACGUCACAGCAACCCACAGGUUGACGUCCGUGAACUAUUUUAUCGGUAUUAUUAUUAUUAUACCUUAACGAAAUACUUUAUCGGUUUAAAAAUACUCCCGCCGUUAUUAGAGACGCGUCGAACUAGGAUAAAAACUGAAUAAAAACACUCGACAAAAAAAAAAUAUAAAAGAAAAUUUUGGAAGCAGACGAUAACGUCUCGCGCAUGCUCAGUUUUGCCGUAGUAGUAGUAAAGGGAAGACUCCAUUUCCAUCGCUCUUCGCAGCACGUAGUCCACUCGCUCGAUAAUCGUCGGCUCGUUACGACGCAUUUUGUCAAUCGGAUCGGUCUCCGUACGAAGCGGGAAUCCGUAAAUGGCGCCCAAACAAUGCGAUAAAUCCGAUUGUCGUCGAGGUAAUGCCGCUAUCUAUUGAAUGACGUGCGAUCGACAGAUAAGCCGGAAAUAAAAUGGGUGAUCACGAUAACAACACUUUAUUGUCGGCAUUAGUGCAAUGCUUUGGUGUCAUCCUGAUUGGCUAUCUUACGGGAAAAUACCGAAAGUUAUCUACUACAGAAGUUUCAGGUUUAAACAAUUUUGUACAAUGUUAUUCUCUUCCUGCUCUCAUAUUUAGCUCGCUUGUAAAGCUUGACUUUGAUCAUGUUAAUUGGACAUUUAUGGCCAGCAUUUUUGUAUCUAAAACUAUUGUUUUUAUAUUAGUGGCUAUAACAACACUUAUUGUUACAAAACCUGCAGAUACAAGUAAAGCUGGACUUUAUGCAAUUCUUGCUACCCAAAGUAAUGAUUUUGCUCUUGGUUAUCCUUUAAUAUUAGCUUUGUAUAGUCAUCACCAUCCUGAAUACGCACAUUACAUUUACUUACUUGCACCUAUACAGCUAGCUAUAUUAAACCCAGUAGGUUUUUUCCUGAUUGAGAUACAUAAACAAGAGACAAGGAGGAAGAAUAUUUUAUUUUUAGUACUUAAAGGUACUAUAACUAAUCCAGUAAUAAUAAUGACUGUACUUGGAAUAAUAUCAAAUAUAAUUUUCCAUGAGCAUCUACCUAAUGUAUUAUGCAAGUUGUUGGAUAUAUUUGGUUCAGCAUAUUCAGCCACGGCACUCUUUCUUCUUGGAAUCAGUCUUGUUGGAAAAUUUGGACAGAUGAAAGGUCGUGCUUUAAUUUGCCCGAUAGUUCUAAUAUUGGCCAAAAUAUUACUACUACCAUUGAUAAUUCAAAAAGUUAUUAUUCUGCUAUCUGAUUACAUUCCAGGUAAGGAGUUAAAUGAAUUGAGCAAUUUCGGUUUUCUUUAUGGGACUUUUCCAUUUGCACCUGCAGCUUAUCUGUAUGCUGUCCACUAUGGUUUGUCAACAGAUGUUGUUUCAACAGGAAUGGUAAUAUGUACAGUGAUUGCUGCACCGUUCAUGGCUAUAUCAGCAAGUGUGAUGUCUAUGCAUCAAAAAGACUUAACUUUGUUAAAAGCAGAUCUCUUACCUACUAAAAUGUACAGCAGUAUUAUUACUUUAACAUUAAGCAUUUGGUUGAUAAUUUCAUUUCUAAUAAGGAAGAAAUGGAAAAUUAUCACACACAGAGCAACAUUUAUCAUUCUUUUAGCACAAAUAAUACUUGCAGUUGAGGGUAUUACAUCAUCUGUUUAUUCAGAUCAUCAGAUGUUUUACUUCAAACUUCUCUAUAUAGGAGGAGUAAGUUUUGUAAGGGUAUGGACAGUUAUACUUGCUCUCACUAUAGCAUUCCUUCAUUGGAGAAGUUUAUGUUUUGUUAUUAGAUUAAACAUGUUUUUAAAUGUUUUAGGUGUCUUACUCCCAAUUUCUGUAGUGGCAACUAUGGCUUUCAUUGCAACUAACCAAACUGAUGAUGAUAUCUUUGAAUAUGGUAUUAUAGAAAGAUAUAUUAUAUUGAUAAUAACUUCUAUAAGCGUCGCCAUUACGACAGUUUGUCUAAUUAUUCAACAACGUCGGCUUAAUCAGCAAGCCAACUACCAACCAAUUAACGAUGUCGAAAAUACCACUAAUGCAAAUGUAUCUUGUAUCAAUCACGAUCAGCAAGAAAUUCCUAGAUGUUACGGGACCAUGGAAGAUAUCGAAGACAUUUUUAAUCAAACUGAUAUAGAAGUGGGUAAUUAUAAUUUAUUAUGUGCUGAUCGUUACGGAUGUUCUUCAGAACAGAGAAAGGCAUGCAAUUCUUUAAUUCAAGAUUAUGCUGAUGUGACCACAAAUGACAUGGAAAUCCGAAUGUUUGAUAACUGCAUCGAUAUCCACGACAUAAGUAAUCAUUUUGUUCUAUUAUUCCUAUUGAAUGUAUCUAUGAUAAUAAGCUUGGCUAUAUGUACUUGGAUGUUAGUGAUGGAGACUUCUUCAGGUAUAUUAAUAGAAUUACAAUUUUUAGAUAUACUUUUAGUAUAUGGCCAAGGAAUUAUAAUCUUCCUCAUAUUCGAACUUGAUGUUAAUUUUAUCAUUCAUUUAUGUGCCAGAAUCUAUAGGAAGGUUCGAUACGGUAGUGAUGAUAUUGUGUUACCAGACAUUCAAGAUUUGGAACAAUCUACACAAAAUAUUUGCCAACAAUUUAUUGCUUAUCACCAAGAAAGGUGUGAAGCUUACUUACAAGCAGAAAACAUGCAAACAACCAGAAGUACAGAACUAUUAUUUUCUGGGAAACAACUUAUAAAUUAUUUAACAAUAUUUGGCUUAGCUCAGGCCAGAGAAGAAGCCGAGCACUACGGCCAGCAACUACUUUUAGGUCGGGUCGUUGAACACGUUAACAGAAAGUAUAAUUUUCAUGAUAACAGGUGUAUAUACAAAUUUGUAAAUAGAAUAUAAUUUAAUGAAUUAAUAAAUAGUAAUUGUUUUUCAUCGA